AAAAGGGCGGGUAAGGUGGGUAGCUGGAUUAUGCCAACAGAACACUGCUGAAGGGAUGUCGAAUGUGAUGGUACCUUGUUGAACAGAGCAGAGAUAGCUGUGAGAGCUGAGAAGCCGUCUGACGCCAUCGAUUAUUAAAGCUAGCUGCUUAAAUCAAUGAGAAAGAAGAGGAAGAAACCAAUGAGUUCACCCUCAACGCCGCUCAUUGGAACGUACUGUUUUUCUUUUGCUACACCCGUUCCUGUUUGCGUUCUUGAGAGUCAAACUUCAAACGUUCAGAUUCCAAGUUGAGGACUGAGUUUAACAGAGAUGGGGAAGAGGUGUGACAACUGCAGAUCGCAAGACCAAUUUGUCUAUUGGACUCACUUUCAGUCCAAACAGUUCUUUCAGAUCCUGCAUGAUGAUUUCGACCUGAAACUUGUCAUUCCCGCCAAGUUCGUGAAGAAUUUGAAGGAAGACCUUUCGAGCCCCGUCACUCUCAGAGGUCCAACUGGGAAAGUUUGGAAAGUUGGGCUGGUGAAAGCCGGGGAUUCUUUGUUCUUUCAAUACGGUUGGGAUGAAUUCGUGGAAGAUCAUAACCUCGAAGAGGAGGAUCUCUUAGUCUUCAGGUACAGUGGGAGCUCGACUUUUGAUGUUUUAAUGUUUGACCAACUUAACCUCUGUGAGAAGGAGUGCUCGUAUUUCGUGGGGAAAUGCGGAUGUGAAAGGAAGGAAAACACAAGGGAUGAUUCUAUGGAAGCGGACUUCAUGCAUUCAUCUGUAGAGCGUGGAAGAAGAGGAGGAAGAAGACGUAGAUUCACUUCAUCAACCAAGACUAACCAAGGAAGAAGAGGGAGAGGAAGAGGGAGAGGAAGACGUACGUUCAUUUCACCAACCAAUGAGGAAGAGUUGAAAACAUCAGAACCAGGUAUUCGACGCAAUUCGUCUCAGUCUAACGACAGAAGUGUUAGAAAAGAAGCUUCCGCAUCUGUCCGUGACUGUGCCAAACGGAAAUUCAUGGGGGAAGAAUCCGCUGAUUCUUUUGGUGAUGAUGGAAUACCUGAAAAUUUGAGCCGGUCGUAUCAGCUGCAUUUCGUCUCAAAACGACGGCCUGUAACUGAAGUUGAGAAAAAGAGGGCCUAUCAAUUGGCUUCUGCAGCUUCAGCGUCGACUGAUCAUAGAAGUUUCAUUGUGGUUAUGCGACAAACCCAUGUUUGCAGGAGAUUUCAUUUGACAAUCCCAGUUCUUGAUGUGACUUACAAUUUCCCCCCGAGAAACCAAGAUGUCACCCUCUCACUGAAAGGAAAAACUUGGCCUGUCAUCUUCAAAUACCAAACAAAUCCCCUAAAUGGAGGAUUUGCAAGUGGGUGGGCAGAUUUUGUAUUUGACAAUAACUUAGAAGAAGAUGAUGUAUGUGUCUUUGAAGUUGUGGGUGGAAGAAACAACUCCAUUCUUGUAAACGUUCAAAUUUUCCGGGUUGUAGAAGCGGUGACUCCCUUGAGGAAGGUCAAGUGUCCCUCGAGAAGAAGUGCCAAAAGACAAGUAAAGGAGGCCUUGGACAAGGUAGUAGUCCCAUGUGAUUUCUUAGAUUAAUCACGUCUGGUGUUUCUGUUUUAAGAUGCAUGUAUGUAGCUUUUGGUAUGAAUACUUUUUUUUUUUUUUGAAAACAUGACAGUUCUUGAGAUUACAUUUUGUUGAAUACCUACCUACCUGCUGAUGGUGUUGUUUUGUUUAGCUUAGGUUUAUGGCAUUUGUAGUUGGUCUUGUAUGAUUUACUUAUGGUCUAGUCUAGUAUCUCUAUUCAGCGACAGCUUAAUAACUGAGGCCGUAUUUGCUGUUU